UCUGUGUUCACCCCCGAGCACCACCUUAUCUCUUCACCCCCAAACUUAUCUCUUCAGGCAGAGAGGAGCCCGACGCCGCCCUUCAUCUCCGACGCCCGCCCGACGCCGCGCCGUCCUCUCCACCGCCCGCGGUGCGCCGGUCUCUCCCGGAGGCCGCGCCGGCCGCGAGCAGGUCGAGCGAGGCAGGUCCGCCCCACGAAGGCCGCCGCCGGUCCGGGCCAACGGCGCCAGCUCCUCCACCGCCUGACGUUGCCCGGUCCUCCACCGCCCGACGCCGCCAGCUCCAACGCACGGACGAGGUGCUCCCAAGUCCGCCACCCCAAGGUGCAUCUCCGGCCCUCAGGUCCGCCGCUCCAAGAAGAAUGGAACCAGAAGGCAGUUCAGGGACCGGUGGACAUGCUACUUGGACUUCAACUUGGUCAGGCUACAUGCUCGAGUACCUUGCCAAUUUAGUGGUUAAUGGCACCAAGACUUCAUCCACCUUCAAGAUGGUUCACUACAAUGGAUGUGAAAAGGCUCUCCAAGAGAAAUUUGGCAUUAUGCGCAGUGGUGAGCAGGUUAAGAAUCACCUUAAGACAUGGCAAAAGAAGUUUCGAAAAGUCUGUGACCUUCGUGGUUUGAGUGCUGCUGGUUGGGAUGAAGAUACCUUCACUAUAACUCUUGAUGAUGAGCACUACAACAGCCAUAUUAAGGAUCACAAGGCUGAUGCUGAUUUCCUAAACAAGCCUAUUCAACACUUUGAGGAGAUGCACACAAUAUUUGGAAGUACCAUGGCUACCGGCAGGUUUGCAAAGGACUCAAGUGUACCUCUAGGUACACAGGAAGAAAGUACAGAUGACUGGGACAACGAGGUGCAGAGGAUGGAGGUACAAAGUGGUAGUGGUAUAGGUGCAACUCAGCAAGACAAUGCUGCAACUUCAUCGGCUACCAAGGCCACCAAUCCUAACAAGAGGGACAAGGGCAAGAAGAGGGCCAGGCCUGACCAUGAUCCAUUGGUGGCUGCAAUUAAAUGGGAAAGUACCAAGUUAGCCAAGGCGAUAAAGGUAGCAGGGAAAGCAGACAAUGAUGUGCCGGCUGAUUUGUAUGACAACGUGAUGGCUUUUAAGGGUAGUUUCAAUGAGACUCACUUAUCCUUCUACCAUUCCUACUUAGUCCAACAUCCUCACAUAGCUAGAGCUUUCAACUCCUUGUCUUUUGAACAUAAAUUCAAUUGGGUUGCAAAGCACAUUGCAGACAACUAUCCUGGGCAGUAAGGGUAAGUUGGAUGCUUGGGAUGGUUCUUUUGUUAGUACCACAUAGAACUUUAUAUUUGUGGUCUAAGUAUGCUUGUACCUUGCUAUGUGGACGUCUUGAACUUGCUAUAUAUUGUGUAAGACUUGAACUUGAUGCAUUGUGCAAGCAUCAGACUUGAUAUUGCUA